GUGAAGAAUCACCACCCCCAACUGGCUCGUAUUUACGUAUUGCCCUUCUCAUAUAUUAUGCCCUCGAUGUCCGCACGUUGCGACAAAUAAACUCACUCCUACAUAACCGCUCCACUCCUUCCUUUCUUCCCUCCUCCAAACCUGUCCCUCUCCGAUCUCUUCCAAGUCCGGUCGCCAUCCGUCUGCAACCCUGGAACUUGACCUUGCUUCUUGCCGCCUGCUACAUCACUUGGGCUGGGCACGUGCACACCCAGUUCCUUUUCACCAUUUAUUUAAAUCCUCAGAAAUAACUUUUAUUGCUCUACAAUUGCCAUGGCCCCUGUUCAUCGUCGCGGCCCCUGGGUCCCAGAAGAGGACCAACUUCUGCUGCAGUUGGUCCAGGAGCAAGGCCCGAACAACUGGGUCCGUAUCUCACAGCACAUGCACUACCGCUCUCCCAAGCAAUGUAGGGAACGUUUCCAUCAGAAUCUUAAGCCUUCUCUGAACCGUGCUCCUAUCUCCCCCGAGGAGGGUCUGGAGAUUGAACGGCUGGUCAACGAGAUGGGGAAGCGCUGGGCGGAAAUCGCUCGACGCCUCGGUAACCGCAGCGACAACGCGGUCAAGAACUGGUGGAAUGGCAGCAUGAACCGCAAGAGGAGAGGUCUGGGCAGUCCAUCUUCCUCUCACCACGAUUUCUCUUCAUCGCGAGUUUGCCACGGUCGAGUUGGCGCUCCUUAUCCUCGCGCUUCGGUGGAGGCACCUCGCAGUUUUGUCGAUCGGUCGCGUUUUCUACCAUAUUCUCGUCCGAUUUCUCCGUCAUGGACAGCGACAGCACCAGCAACACAUACUUGUCCGGAGAAGUCCUUGCGGAUGGACCGUCCCGCUCCCAUCAGUGUUUUCCCUGCAAGUCUACCGAUAGUCGAGCGACCACGGUCGUCAUCGCCUGCAAUGGGUCCCAUGGUGAAGUUUCCCCUGCGCCCCAUCGAAUCGGCAUUACCAUCCCCGGCCUAUUCGGAAGUUUCGCAUGCGCCUUCUCUGGAGACGCCGUCGCUCGUGUCCGAUCAAUGUUCCAUAUCAUCCGCCUCGCUGCGCAGCGUUCAUUCGCCGCAGCUCCUACCGCUCCCAGUGGAUUUGCGCCAGCGCUAUUCCGAUAUGCGACGGCAAAGCCUCCCUUCUAUCGUGACAGAUGACGGACACUUGUCUGCUUUUCCUCCUUCCUCGACCGCCUCUUCCCCGGCCUUCUCUCGCAUGACACCUGUCAAACACCUGGAGCCUGUUUCCGAACCAGCCAUCAGACUGCCGUGGCCGGUGCCAAGUCAGCCGGUGUCUACAUGCUGGCCCCAGUACUAUCAUCACCAUCAACACUCGGCAUCGUGGUCUCCCUCGAAGAAGGACGAGGAAACACACGAUUCCCGGAUCAGUCUGGACAAACUGCUGAAUUAAUUGGUUGGCCGAUCUGAUCCAUAUAUAUAAUUAACAUUGCGUCUCGUUCUGAGGUGUUUUAUGUAUGGUUUAUCUAAUAUUUCCUUUGUCAAUUUCCUUUGUUUUGUUUUUGUCUCCGGUCAGCGUUUCACCUUCAUCCAGUGCAGGUCACCUGGGUUGUGUAUUUACUAGUCAAUCCUCGGAUUAUUGUUUUGGGGGCGUACGGGCUGAGCUGCGUUGACUACGAGUUUGGAUGGUUUAAUGUUCGGGUAUACUUUUGUUUCCUUUUUUGCCACAGCUAGGCGUUUCUAUUUGUUUCUACUGAGCCAGGUGGAAUAAUUGCAUGAAACUAUGAAUUCAUGAUUCUUGAGUAUUAUAUGAUAGAAUACCCUUACAAGUAGACUUGAGAUGUAGGUACUGCGAGAGAAACGGUACGUCCACUUCAAGUACG